CCCGGAUGGGCGGGGGCCGGAUGUGACGGCGGCCGUGAGCGGCUCCCGGCGCCCGGGAGCGCCGCCCAUCGCCCCCAUGGCGGCCCGGCGGAGCGCGGACGAGAUGCGGGACCGCGUGGUGCUGGGCGAGUUCGGCGUCCGCAACGUCCACACCACCGACUUCCCCGGGAACUACCCCGGCUACGAGGACGCCUGGGACCAGCGGCGCUUCGAGGAGGCGUUCCGCGUGGACGUGAUCCGUGAGGAGGAGGACAGCCUGGAGUUCGACAUGGUGGGCAUCGACGCCGCCAUCGCCAACGCCUUCCGCCGCAUCCUGCUCGCCGAGGUGCCAACGAUGGCUGUAGAGAAGGUCUUUGUGUACAACAACACAUCCAUUGUGCAGGAUGAAAUUCUGGCUCAUCGGUUGGGCCUCAUCCCUAUCCGAGCUGACCCUCGGCUCUUUGAGUACAGAAACCAAGGAGAUCAGGAAGGCACUGAAAUUGAUACUCUGCAGUUUCAGCUGAAAAUCAAAUGCAAACGAAACCCUCAGGCCGCCAAGGAAUCAUCUGAUCCUGAUGAACUAUAUUUCAAUCAUAAAGUGUACAGCAAGCACAUGACAUGGGUGCCCUUGGGGAAUCAGACAGACCUUUUUCCAGAUGCUGACUUCCGACCUGUUCACGAUGACAUCCUCAUUGCACUGUUGCGACCUGGACAGGAAAUAGAUGUGCUUAUGCACUGUGUUAAGGGCAUAGGUAAGGAUCAUGCCAAGUUUUCUCCUGUGGCCACAGCCAGUUAUCGACUGCUCCCUGACAUUACUCUCCUGCAGCCUAUUGAGGAUGAGGCAGCUGAGACGUUGCAGAAGUGCUUUUCCCCCGGGGUCAUUGAGAUCCAGAACGUCAAUGGAAAAAAGGUGGCAAGAGUAGCCAAUGCACGCCUGGACACAUUCAGCAGAGAAGUUUUCCGACAUGAGAGUCUGAAAAACCUUGUGCGGCUGGCAAGAGUCCGGAACCAUUACAUCUUUUCAGUGGAGUCCACGGGUAUCUUGCCUCCGGAUGUGCUGGUGAGCGAAGCCAUCAAGAUCCUGAUGGGAAAGUGUCAGCGAUUCCUCAAUGAGCUGGACUCUGUGCCUAUGGAGUGACCAGGCUGCAGCUGGGAAAGCAGAAACUGCACUGCUCUUCUGGGCUUCCUGCACCUGCUUCUAGGGGCAUUCCUCUUCCAUAGGCAGGAGGCUUGGUAGGGGUUUGCUAAGAGUCCAAGGACUAUCUCUGGAUAUCUCUGUUGGUAAUGAGCCUCAGUGAGGAGAUGCACUAAAAUAAAAGCUUUCGAUUUUUUUUAAA